AUGACUUCCAGCACCGCAAAGGCAAAGGCCGUGAAGGAUACAGAGCUUGAACGUAUGGUUCAACAGACUGUCCAGAAGCUCGAAGCUUUCGCCGAGGACAAGCAUCGUGGAAAGAAGGUCUUCACGCAGCUGGCCACCAACCCCACGAACAGCAGUGACAAGGCAUACCUGUUUCAGCAUCAGCAAUUCGCCCUUGUGCGCGUGAAGAACGUCCCUGGAGCCAUGCGUGACACGCGCACGGCUUAUGGCGAGAUGCGUGGCGUCUUGACCGCCGAGGGUGGAGAGGGAGAGGUUGUCGCCUUUGAUCUCUUCACCAAGGGUGAGCUUGACGCCCUCGGAGAGCUGCUGCCCUACAUCAAGAAUGAUGUGGCAAUCAUCAACUUGGCCAAGAAGUCGGGCGCCUGA